AUGGACAAGCCCGUCCUCAUCAUCGGCGCCGGCGUCGUUGGCCUGUCAUUGGCGCACGGCCUCAAAAAGAAUGGCAUCCCGUUUGAAAUCUACGAACGCGACGAGCACAUUGACGCCCGCCCGCACGGCUGGGCCAUUACCCUGCACUGGGCGCUGCCGUUUCUGGAGGAGCUCCUCGACCCGGCGACCAUGGCGGCGCUCGACGGCGUCCAGGUCGACCCGAGCGUCGGCCGCCACGACACGGGCAACUUUGUCUUCCUCAACCUCGCCACGCUCGAGCCCAAGUUCCACAUCCCGCCCAACCACCGGCGCCGCGUGAACCGCGAGAAGCUGCGCAAGCUGCUGCUGCGCGACGUGGCGGCGCACGUCCGCUGGGGCAAGCGUCUCGACCGCGUCGACGUCGACGACGGCGGCGGCGGCGGCGUGCGCGCCGUCUUUGCCGACGGCACCGCCGCCGACGGCAGCCUGCUCGUCGGCAUCGAGGGCGCCAACUCGCGCACGCGCCAGUUCCUGCUGCCCGACGCCUACCGCAACCACCAGCUGCCCGCGCGCCUGCUCGGCGCCGGCCUCACGCUGUCCGCCGCCGACGCCGCCCCGCUGCUCGCCAUCGACCCCCUGCUCUUCCAGGGCUGCCACCCGGACACGGGCAACUACCUGUGGAUCUCGCUGCUCGACAGCCCCGAGAUCAACGGCACGCGCGGCACCGCACGCGAGACGUACCGCUUCCAGGUCAUCCAGUCCUGGCUCGCCAAGACGCCCGAGGACGAGGUGCCCGCCGCCGAUGCGGACCGUAUUGCCGUCAUGAAACGCCGCGCCGACGAGUUUCACCCCACGCUGAGGGACGUCGUCCGCAGGCUGACGGUCGAGGACGCCGAGGUCACCGAGAUUCUGCUGCAGGACUGGCCCUGCCAGCCCUGGGACAACCGUGGCGGCCGCGUCACGCUCGCGGGCGACGCCGCGCACGCCAUGACCAUGUACCGCGGGGAGGCUGCCAACCACGGCCUGCUCGACGCCCGCAACCUGUACCGCGCGCUCGCGUCUGUCGCGGCCGGUACCGUCUCGCUCAAGGACGCUAUUAACGGAUACGACGCUGAGAUGCUGGAGCGCACUAACCCGGCUGCCUUGCUUAGCCGGCAGGCGUGUCUGGAUGCUCACGACUUUCAUUGUCUUAACAAGGACUCGCCGGUUCUAAAGCGACGAGCUAUUAAGUGA